AUGAUAAUCUCAGCUAUCAAUAGCGUAAGCAGGAGCUUCGCAGGUGCUCCAGGCUUACUUUCUGACUUCCGUUUGAUGCUGCAUGGGUUUGCAGCUGGAAAUAAAGCUUACUUAUUCCAAGAGGAGUCACAAAUUGACAGAACCAGGAUGACUGAAUUCCAUAUUCAUCGUUUUCUUCCUGAGCAAGGCAAAGGAACGUUUGUCCAGUCAUACUGGAUUGAUACCAAGCAGUGCGGGCCUAUGGUCUUAGAUGCUCUAAUAAAAAUCAAAAACGAAAUCGACCCAACACUGACCUUUAGACGAUCAUGCAGAGCUUAAAUUUAUUUUUAUUUCCUUAUAUAAAUUUAUUUUCAUAAAAUAUUUAAAUAAAAAAAUUUAUCCCAUGCAGAGAAGGGAUUUGUGGAUCUUGCUCAAUGCACAUAAAUGGAUUGAAUUCUCUUGCCUGCAUCACUGAGAUCACUCCAAAUACCAGAAUGACGAUUGGGCCGCUUAUCAGAAUGCCAAUCAUCAAAGAUCUUGUUGUGGAUAUGACAAACUUUUAUAACCAAUAUAAAUCAAUUGACCCUUGGCUCAAAAGAAAAGAGCCAAAGCCAGCUGGGACAAAGGAAUACUACCAAUCCCAAGAAGACAGAAAGAAAAUCGAUGGGCUAUACGAGUGCGUCCUCUGUGCUUGCUGCGCGACUAUGUGUCCUUCUUACUGGUGGAAUCAUCAACACUACCUUGGCCCUGCAGUCCUUAUGCAAGCUUACAGAUGGGUUAUCGAUUCAAGAGACCAGGCCACUGCUGAACGUCUGGAGAAGCUGUCUGGAGCUUAUACGCUGAAUAAAUGCUACCAAAUUGGAACCUGCACUGUCACUUGUCCAAAGGGCCUAAAUCCUAAAAUGGCCAUCCACCAAUUGAAAGGGAUUGCUGCUGAGUAUGAGCACGCUAAAGCUGAAUGGGCAGUUUAA